AUGGAUCGCCAUCUCCCAGCGCCCACUCCUGCGCCAUACCCGUCUAAGCCCGCCAUCUCCCACUCUACCAGCUCCCGCGCAAACUCCCACCGCAACAAAGUCAGGAAGAGAGUACGCGCUAAUUCUCCAUUGAGCAAGAGGUACGGCGCUGGGACUGCCCCAGACAACGAUGGCUAUCCUGACUGCGAUAGCGUUGGCAACGAUGUCGUUACGUGUUACCCGAGUACAGAUACCUCACUCACCUCUGGUGAUUAUUCUAAAAUCAUCUGGAAUCCAAAUCUGCCCCAGUUCACUGAAAACGGCAAUCUCGAUAUUUAUCUCUUUUCUGCCGAUACCGAGCAAGUCGUUGAAAGCUGGCAAGAUGUCCCCAAUCAGCGUGGCUCUCAGCCUAUUCACCCUGGUGAUAAUUGGUGGUCUCCUAUCGAUGACAGCUGGGGUCCUUACGAUGCUCAGGAUCCUUCUCAGUGGUCUGACACUACCCGCGACUGGACUUAUUACGCCGUUCUCAAGCCAGCGGGUCAGUCUCUUGAUGGCGGUGAAGAGCACCAGGCCACUUUCACUGCUGUCCAAACGGCGCCUUUACAAAAUCUCGUUCAAUCUUCUUCAUCUUCCUCAUUCUCUCUAGCCAGUUCCAGGUCAAGUGUUUCUAGUGUUUCUACCGUUUCUUCGGCGUCUACAGCUUUCACUGCGUCCAUGUCCGAUCCUUCCUUUGCUUCCAGCGUUUCCACAGCCUCUACAGCCUCUACAGCCUCCAUGUCCGGCUCUGACCAAUCCAGUGCGGCCACUGCACUUGCAACGGAGUCCAUUAUAUCGUCAGUCUCAAGUGUUUCUUCGGCCUCUUUAGCCAGUCUAUCGUCGAUAUCCGCGUCCGACAGCGAGCGCUAUUCAUCGAUAACCCAGUCCAACCUAUCCACCCAGUCGGUGUUGUCGACGGCAGCGUCCAACAGUCUGCUCACAACGACAAACUCAAACGGCGACAAAAUUACAUCUUCAGUGAGGGUGACGCCCACGGGCGUGCUGCAGAACCAGAGCGCCGAUGAUGAUUUCCCAGCAUGGGCGAUUGCGGUGAUAGUAGUGCUCGGCGUACUAGCGCUGCUCGGAAUUGCGGGUGGAAUGUAUCUGCUAGCGCGACACUGGCGGAGCGCACGUGGUGCAGCUGCCGCCACUGCUGCGGAGGCGGGUGGAGCGGCUGGCGGGGCUGCUGGUGCUGGUGCGGGUGAGGGUUCUGCAGCUGCUGGUGCUGCUGGUUUAGGUGCUGGUGCCGGCGCAGCGGCUGCAGGCGCCGGUGCACGGUCUAGUGGUGCUUCUUCGGAGAACGGAAAUGCAAACGGGGCGGAUAGAGAAGGCCCCAUUACGUCUAAUGAGGCUGCUGCUAUGGCCGAUGCUUUCAGACAAGCACUCCGAUCGCCUGGCUUUGACGCUGGGGCGGCUGGAGUGGCUGCUGGUGAAGGUGCGUCGGGAUUACAGCAGAAUUCUGCAGCGAGACAGCCGGAAGUGGUACAUGGCUCUGAAGCGUCGCACUAG